AUGCUUUUCAAAUCCAUCGUCGUUGCGUUGGCCACGGUUGGUGCAGCUGUUGCCCAGCGCCCAAGUAAUGAAUCCAUCUGCGACUACUAUACGACAGCAUUGCUGAAAACCAACAAUGCCACCAACCAGUAUACCCUCCUGACCCUGCUUGUCAACACUGUCGUCAUCGGUAACUACACUCAGCCAAAUGUUGGUGUUAGUGUCCCCGGUAUCUUGAGCGCGGAUGGCAUGUACAACGGCACCAAAGUCAACCUGAUGCCGUACUUCGAUGGUGGCCUCGCUUCCAGCAACAACGGAGGAAAGAUGGGUGUUGCGAAGAACUUCUUGGAUGGAGGUGCCGCUGCCCCUCUCAUGAAGAACAUGCCUGCCAACGACAUGUCAUCAAACCAAUAUAAGCUGAUGACUCACCUCUAUCAGUUCUUUGGAAGCUUGCUUGGCUGCUCCGGUGUGGGCAUGACCGGCUUCUCUGCUUAUGCUGGACAGGGUAGCAUGUACGAGGUUCACAAGUUUAUGGUUCUCGACCCCAACGAGGUGGGCUACUUCAUUGAGCAGGUCGGCAUGGCUGCUGCUUCUUUCGGUGUUGCAAAGUCGGACAUCAACGCCGUCGCCACAGCCCUUGAGACCCUGUUUGACUCUCGCUGCGCACCCAAGACCACCGCUAUCAAGGCACAGGGCCCGCAAUACCAGAGCAUCUGUACUGAUGAGAAGUGCAUGCUAGCCAUGAACUCUACUUGUGCAGCUCAGCCGGUUAUGCUCGAGCCUCUCGUCGCGAACAAGACUCUCGCCGCUGGUGAGGGUCGCACCUCUGGUGGUGCCGUUCAGUAUCAAGCUGGACUGAUUCCCGUGCUCUCGGCAGUCCUGGCUUUCUUUGCCCUUUGA